AUGACUGCAAAUAGAACCAUCGUCGUCAUCGGCGCCGGCCCUGGCAUUGGACGAAGCGUCACCAGUUUGUUUGCUUCGAACCGGUACAACAAGAUUGCUCUCUUGGCCAGACGGGACGAGCAGCUGCAACUCGAGAAAGCUGCGGUGGAAGCGGCGGUCAGACAUCCCGUUACGGUCAAGACAUAUGUGGUGGACGUCUCGGACGGCGAUGCCCUGGUCAGCGCAAUGGACAGGAUCGACGCCGAUCUUGGCCAGCCAGAGGUCAUCUUCUACAACGCGGCUCGCGUUCUCUUCUCCAAUUUUUUCGAGCACCCAGUAGAGGAGAUUGAGUAUGACUUCAAGAUUACCGUUACAUCGCUGUAUCAGCUUGCUGGUCGAGAGAUCCCCAGGCUCGUAGAGCUGGCUAAAUCGGACCCAACAUCGCGACCAGGCUUUAUUGUCACAAGCUCCCUGCUGCCAAAGGAGCCUGAGCCGGAUCUGUUCGCACUCUCGCUCACCAAAGGAGCCCAGUGGAACCUGGUCAAGUCGCUCCAAAAGAAGUUCGGUCCGCAUGGAGUGCACAUCGGCGUAAUCAUCGUUGGUGGUUUUGUUUCACCCGAGGAACACAACCGCAACCCGGACAACAUCGCGAAGAAGACUUGGGAGUGG